CGUCACAUUCCCCGGACCCCCCGAUCAUAUCAAGUCCUCUUUUUGAUUGGGAGGCUGCAAAGGCAGCGAUCUGCGGACUAGUUGAGAUGCUGCCGGAGAGGAGGCGGAGUGAUCCCUCCUGCCCGCCAUCCACGUAAACCGAGUGCGCUCUCGGACCUAGAGCCACACUGUCACAGCGACGCCGGGGAUGAAGCAACGCGGCUGCCAAACGCACGGAUUUUGCUCUCACACUGCGCGUCUUUGAGGAUUUAACACUGUUUUGCUUUCGUUUCUGGCUCCGGUCGUCAUUUGUUGUUGCGGCUGUUGGCUUUGUUUACCUUCCACAUGUAUUUUCCGACCAUUUAUACGAGAAUUGGGUCAUGAUCACAUCGCCCACGGGCUCUGUCCUGAGAAAUAGCACGAAUCCAGCGUGGGAGAGCGGCUCAUCGGGGGAGAAGGGAGCAGCGAAGAUCAGCCAACUAUCCGUCCACAACUCUGUCUCGCCCGCAGACCCUUCUCGCCAAGCCAGUCGUCUCCCCAUAAAGAUUUUGAAAAUGCUUACGGCACGGGCAGGACACAUUUUACACCCGGAGUACCUUCAACCUCUGCCGUCCACCCCAGUCAGUCCGAUCGAGCUGGAUGCCAAAAAGAGUCCACUGGCCCUUUUAGCCCAAACAUGUUCUCAGAUCGGGAAGCCGGACCCGCCGUCCUCCUCCAAGCUGUCCUCCGUCACCUCCAAUGGAUCUAGUGACAAGGAGGCCAAGUCCGGCCCGCUGAAGAUGAGCGACAUCGGAGCCGACGACAAAUCCAGCUUCAAACCUUACUCCAAAUCGUCUGAGAAGAAGGACUCGAGCAGCAGCCUCAGUGGAGAUAAAAACAGUUUCCGAGUGCCUAGCGCCACCUGCCAGCCGUUCACGCCCAGGACAGGCAGCCCCAGCUCCUGCACCUCCGUGUCUCCGCUGCCGUCUGAUGGCAAAGCGGGGGACAAGGAGGAGAAGAAGGAGUCCGACAGCAAUAAAAGCAGCACGACGGAGAGCACCGGCAGCCAUAGGAUAAGUGGAAUUACCUCUGAGGGCAGCCAGCACCAAGACAACACAUCUGGAUCCAAGACUGCGACAUCAGACUCAACAUCUGUAACCUCGUCCUCCUCCUCCGUGCUCGGCUCUGGACUCGUGGCCCCCGUGUCUCCCUAUAAGCCCGGCCAUACAGUUUUUCCUUUGCCACCCGCAGGUAUUUCCUACCCUGGAAGUUUAGCGGGUGCGUACGCAGGUUACCCGCAGCCCUUCCUCCCCCCUGGAAUGACCCUUGACCCCACCAAAUCCAGCAGCCAGCUCCUGAGCGCGCAGUUCGCGGCCGCCAGCUCGCUGGGCUGCAGUAAAGCGGGGACCAGCCCCCUGGCCGGCGCGUCCCCGCCGACUCUCAUGUCCGCCAGCCUGUGUCGAGACCCGUACUGCCUGAGCUACCACUGCACGAGCCAUCUGUCCGGCGCGUCCGCCGCCAACUGCGCGCACGACUCCGCGGCGGCGGCCGCGGCCGCGUCCGCGCUCAAGUCUGGAUACCCGCUCAUGUACCCGACGCACCCGCUGCACGGCGUGCACUCCACGGCCCCGUCGUUCAGCGGACACCCGCUGUACCCGUACGGGUUCAUGCUCCCGAACGACCCGCUGCCGCACGUGUGCAACUGGGUGUCGGCGAACGGACCGUGCGACAAGCGCUUCUCGUCCUCCGAGGAGCUGCUGAGCCACCUGCGGACUCACACGGCCUUCGCCAGCACGGAGAAGUUGAUAUCCGGGUACCCGGGCUCCACGUCCCUCGCCAACGCCGCCGCGGCCGCCGCCAUGGCCUGUCACAUGCACAUGCCCCCCAACGGCAGCCCCGGCGGCGGCGGCGGCGGCGCGCUGGCCCUCCGGGGCGCGCACCACCCGCUCGGACUCAGCAGCCGCUACCACCCCUAUUCAAAGAGCCCGCUGCCCACCCCCGGGGCGCCGGUGCCGGUCCCCGCGGCCACCGGGCCCUAUUACUCCCCGUACGCCUUGUAUGGACAGAGACUGACGACAGCCUCAGCCUUAGGAUACCAGUAGAGACAGAGAAUUAUACAUUUAUAAAGGAUAUUUAGGCCCAACGAGUUUUAUAAUGUACUUCAUGCAGGGACUGGAUCCAGGUGGGGAUCAGUGUAUUUAUUUGCGAUAGCUUCAAGCGUGACUGAAAUAAAAAAUAAUUAUAAUAUAAAAUGCCAAACAGCCUCAAUGUGCAUUAUUU